UGGACCGGCGUAGCCUCCGCGUCCUCCCUUGCCUCAUUCGACUAGCUGUUUUCUUUCCCGGCUGAUGGUAUCGCUUGAAUCGGUAGGUAGAACCGGGUUUAUUGUAUGACCUCCCAUACCAAGACAGUGGGCACUGAACUAAGUACAGACGACUGGGAUGUAGUUGUAGAUGUUGACACCUGGUGUCUCGCUGGCUUAACUCUACCUAUGCCAGUAACUGCGUGCCAGCAGCAACUUGAUAGCACUCUCCUCUCCCAGGUAAGAGUCGCAACAAGAGAUCAAUCUAGGCGAACGAGAGUACGGCUAACAAUUGUCUCACUCGACACGCCUGCAACUAUAGCAACGCUGCUAACAAUCGACACCGAGGUUGGCAUUACCCCUGAGUCACACAAGGAAAUCGAAACAAAAACAAAAGACUCAUCUUCAACAAGCAUAGAGCUUGGAACCGUUCCAUCAACGUAGGACAAACCCUCAUAUCCGCCCGAAAUCCUCCGAGCGCUCCCGAGUGCCGUUGAGGUAGAAUACAACUUUCCAGUUUCGAGCCGACGACAGCCAGGUAGAUAUCGGCGACCCCGACUCCGAACGCUCGCCCUUUCCCCCGGGGUUUACUUGCCAACUGACUCUUACACAUAAUAACCGGGGAGCCACGUAUACCCGGACCGCUCUCCUAUCGACGCAACAUCGACGGAUUCGAG